GUGUUCUUAUGUUUCCUAGCUUUGAACACAAGCACGUCUUUUGGGUUCAAAUUUGGGCUUGUUUUUAUUUUCGCCUUUUUUAUUUCUUGUUUUGUUUUUGAGAUUAGUAUUUUGCGACUAGCAAAUAGUACUGACUUCAGAAUUUCGGGAGAGUAGUUAAAUAAAUUUUAUGUAAUUUACAAGGUGUGUCCACGCCUAUUACAAGGACUCAGCAAUCAACGAUUAUUAACAAAUAAAAGGAAAACCUCGUCAGCUUGCUUUUGUAUUGAUGAAGGGACUGAACUGAAAUUUUGAGACUUCGUGUAACACAGUCAGAAAGUAAUGGCAAUUGCAACCAUACCUGCUUUCAGUGAUUGGAGUGAAACAUUCCUUAAUAGGGGAUUCCAGGAUUAGUUGCUUGCAAGCCUCUAUGUUGUCUUCUGCACUCUCUCACUUUCCUGUAGUGUGAUGUACACGCUACUGCUAAACAAAAAUAUCUCAUGCGAGAUCAAGUAAAGAAUUUUUAUUUUUUUUACACAAAUAUCUGAAGGGAUUUUACUUUACUGCCUUCCUGCCUUGGAAGGAUCAGCAGAGAGUUGUCAAUUAAUUACAAGAACUUCAAGAUAUUACCAUAUCUUUUAUAUAAAACCUGAUCCUGAUCAGAGCUUUUGUAUGUUAAAUUAGCUACAAUUUGACUCAAUAUAUCAAAGAGGGCUGACCAUUAUACCAUGGAUCAUCAAGAGAACAGUCUAUUUACAUGCUCAAUAUGUAAUAAAAGCUUUGCCUCUAAAUCUGGAAUUUAUGGACACAGAAAAACUCAUCUUGCAACUACUUCUUUCAAAUGUGAAUUUUGUGGGAAAUUUUUCAAUAGAAGAGAUAGUUACAAUGAGCAUCUGUUAAUUCACAACGGACCAAGGCAUAAAUGUCCGCACUGUGAUAAGGAAUUUGUUCAAAGAUCAAAUCUUGCACGACAUAUCCGCAUUCACACUGGAGAAAAACCAUACAAGUGUUCGUUCUGUGAUAAGACCUUCAGUGACAAAGGAGCCUGUAAUUCGCACAUACGAGUACAUACCCGAGAGGAAGCCUGUAGUUGCCCAUACUGUGGUCAGAUCUUCUCCAAAAAACAGAAACUGAAGUACCAUAUUCGGAAACAUACUGGAAAAGAUCUUGUUAACUGUGAAUUUUGUGGCAAGACUUUUACCAACAGUCAUUCUCUCAAAGAGCACAGGAUGAUACAUGAUCGCGGCACUCAAAUUUUGUGCUCUCAAUGUGGAAAGGCCUUUUCAAAUGACAAGUACUUACAGCGACAUAUUGCUGUGAUUCAUGAAGCUACAAUGUUGUUCCAAUGCCCCUUGUGUUCAAGAAGUUUUAACCAACAGGGUCGUUUAAAAAAUCAUCUGUUAACUCACAGUGUGAUAAAGCAUUUGCAGUGUCUGUUAUGUACUAAAGGAUAUUCAACCCGCAAAUCCUUACGCCAUCAUUUGCUUAGUGUUCAUAAUGUUACAAUUGAGCACCCGGAAUAUAAACAGUGCUUUUAUGCUAUGACACCAGAUGAAGCAGGGGUUACAGAACUAGUGUCAUCAAACCCUCCAAAUCUCAGGCCCAAGCUGGAAUGUCAGUAUGAUGAUAGUGAUGACUUGGAAGAAUUGAGUGAAAAUGAAACUACCAAGCCUCCUCAACUUGUCCGACAAGGAUUCCUUAAACCUUCUUCAGUCAAUCCUCCAACGCCCUGCGUCAAAACGAAAGCAGCAGUGAAGCAGUUACCAUUUACUGUUAAUACUGGGAAAAAAAACUGUAUGCCUGCUUCAAGGAUUAGUAAAUGUACCUCACAGAUAGUCAGUAAUAAAAGAAUGAAUCCUCGGAGAAAAACUUCAGGUCAGUGUUGAUUCAAUGUGCAUGACUAAAACCUGAAGACUUUUUAGUAUCAGUGUGUGAUUUUCACUUACACCAUUAUGUGAACAAAUUAGUUCUCAUGUUAAGAACAAACAAAUUUGUUCUCAUUACGUAUUCGUGAUCUAAUGGUAAUUUUGAAUUAAAUUGAAUGAAAGAAUGAUA